GUGUCUUCCCAGCCCCCGCCGUCACUCCCUCCCCCCCCCUCCUCACCAUGGCCCUUGAGCUGCUCUCUGGCCUUGGCCAGCACUGGAACACGCUGGUCUCGGCUACUGAGACCCUGUGGGACAACCAGCUGGACAACCACAACGAGUACCUCUUCAUCACGGCGGUGUCCUUCUUCGCGCACGAGAUCUUCUACUUCGGUCGCUACCUUCCCUUCUACCUGCUGGACUUCUUCCCCUCGAUGAAGAAGUACAAGAUCCAGGCCGACAAGGAGACCACCUCUGCUCAGAAGUGGAAGUGCCUUAAGGGUAUCCUCUUCAGCCACAUCUUCGUGCAGCUCCCCAUGAUCAUGAUGCUGCACCCCGGCAUCAAGUACCUCGGCUUCGAGAUCCGCUCUCCCUUCCCCGUGUGGUACAAGGUCCUCUACCAGUCCUUCAUCUUCCUGGUCAUCGAGGACUUCUGGGAGUACUGGACCCACCGUCUGAUGCACUGGGGUCCCCUGUAUCGCCACAUCCACAAGAUGCACCACGAGUUCCAGGCUCCCUUCGGCCUGGCUGGCGAGUACGCCCACCCCCUGGAGACCCUGACCCUCGGCUUCGGUACCCUGCUCGGCCCGAUUCUCUUCGCCCAUGACCUGCACAUCGUCACCCUGCUGUGGUUCCUGUUCUUCCGUGUCAUGCAGGUGAUCGAUGCCCACAGCGGCUACGACUUCCCCUUCUCUCUGCGCCACUUCGUGCCCUUCUGGGCCGGUGCCGACUUCCACGACCACCACCAUGCCGUGUACACCGGCAACUUCGGCGCCUCCUUCCGCUGGUGCGACUGGAUCUUCGGCACUGACAAGCACUACAACGCCUACAAGGCCGAGAAGCGCGCCCAGCGGGCCGCCGACGCCAAGCAGGCCAAGAAGCUCGACUAGAGAGCACCUGAGCAUGUACCGCCCAGGUCUGCUCGCGUGUGUUCCUCUCCUCGCCCCUUUGCCCAUCCCUCCAUCUCCCCCCCCCCCCGGCACCACCCUCCCGCAC